AUGGAGUCGCUGGCUGUUUCCGCCGCCGCUGCCACCGCUCAGCUGGGACCCGGCCGGGACUGUGGCUCCUCCUCUUCUUCAUCAUCAUCAUCCUCCUCUUCAUCCUCAUCCUCAUCCUCCUCGUCUCCUCAGUCGAAGCCGGAGCUACUCCAGCCUUACUCCUCAUCGGGGGCCACCCUGAAACCCAACCAAGUCGGGGAGACCUCUUUAUAUGGGGUCCCCAUCGUGUCCUUAGUCAUCGACGGCCAGGAGCGCCUCUGCCUGGCGCAGAUCUCGAACACGCUGCUCAAGAACUACAGCUACAAUGAGAUCCACAACCGUCGGGUGGCGCUGGGCAUCACCUGCGUCCAGUGCACCCCUGUCCAGCUGGAGAUCCUCCGAAGGGCCGGGGCCAUGCCCAUCUCUUCCCGCCGCUGCGGCAUGAUCACCAAGCGGGAGGCCGAGCGGCUCUGCAAGUCCUUUUUGGGGGAGCACAGGCCCCCCAAGCUGCCUGAGAACUUUGCCUUCGACGUGGCCCACGAAUGCGCCUGGGGCUCCCGGGGCAGCUUCAUCCCAGCCAGGUACAACAGCUCCCGGGCCAAGUGCAUCAAGUGCGCCUUCUGCAGCCUCUACUUCUCGCCCAACAAGUUCAUCUUCCACUCGCACCGCACACCGGAGGCCAAGUACACGCAGCCUGACGCCGCCAACUUCAACUCCUGGAGGAGGCACCUCAAGCUCAGCGACAAAGGGGCCAGCGACGACCUCAGCCACGCCUGGGAGGACGUCAAGGCCAUGUUCAACGGAGGGACCCGUAAAAGAACCUUCUCCCUCCACGGAUCGGGCCACGGUGGCUCAGGAUCAGGACCCAAGACCAGCCAUGUUCACACUGACCUGGCCCCUGUCCACAAGAGCCUGCGUUGCAGCACCGCACAAGGGGGCAUGGCCUUACCAUCCAACCCGGCCCCCUCCUCGGUGCGGAGCUAUCCGGUCAUCCCAGUGCCCAGUAAAGGCUUUGGCAUGCUCCAGAAGCUGCCUCCGCCACUCUUCCCACCACCCUAUGCUUUCCCAGCCUUUGGUCUCUGCCCCAAAAAGCAAGAGGACCCUUUGGGGGGCAGCGGAGGCAACAACGGAGGCAGCAGUGGCAACGACCCCAGCAAAGUCCCACAUGGGAUGUUUUGGCACCCCCAGGGACACCCCCAGGUGCCACCUCCACCGCCCCCGUCCAAGGACCCUAAUAACCCACCCUCGACGGUCUACCCACCUUUCCCCAUGUUUUGGCCUACUUCAGGGGGCCUUCCCAUGGGCCCGCCGUACCCAGGACAAAGCCAAGCCAAGGCGGCCGCCACAGCGGUGGUGGUCGCUGCCGCAGCUGCAGCAGCCGCAGCUGCAGUAGAGCCCCUAGGUUUGCGGGGUCACCCUCCAGGACACGGGGAGCUGGAGGGAUCAGAGCCCUCAGGGACUGAAAGGGGCACCCCACAAGAAGGGUCCGGGUCCGGCUCCUCCGAAGGGCAGGGGGCUCCAGAGGAAGAGCGGUCAGCAGCUGUCGAGGAAGCCCUGCUGCUCCCUUUGCCGCUCCCUCGGAAGGGCAGCUACCUCUCGGCCUUCCGUCCAGUGGUCAAGGACGCGGAGAGUAUCGCCAAGCUCUAUGGCAGCGCCAGGGAGGCCUAUGGGGCAGGGGCUGGAGGUGGUGGCAAUGCCCCCCGAGGGGGCCCACCACCGGGCUACCUCUCUCCGGACUUCCUUAGUGAAGGCAGCUCCAGCUACAGGUCGCUCUCUCCGGGGAACGAGACCGUCGAGGAGCCCGAGGUAGAUGUCGAGGGGCACCGUUUCGCAGAGGAGGAAGAGGAGGAGGAAGAGGAAGAAGAAGAGGCAGCUUCUAAGGGUCCCGACGGGAUGGACCAGGCCUCUCCUGCCCCCUCUUUGGUGACGGAGGCUCAGGAGGCCCCCGUGAAGACUCCCGAGAAAGGCCCCUCGACGGAAGGGAAGACUCCCGAGAGGAGCAGCAGCCCAGGAGGCUACCAGGUUUAUCCUCCCCAAGAAGAAGGGCCCCAGACCCUCAAAAGCAACCCUCCUCUGGCGGUUCCUGGCUCCACAUAUCUCUGCACCCCUGAAAGGAAUGACCCAGAUCAAGAAGACAAUCAUCACUCGGCGGCCGAGGAUUACUUGGAGCAAGGCAAGAAAGCCUAUCCCCAGGACCAAGGCAGCAGCAGCAGCAGCAGCAGCAGCGCAGCCAACGGCAGCCCCAGGACAGCAACCCUGGGUAUCUCCAUGGAGACGCAACACAAAACUAGGCAACAAAACAGUGAGGAUCUGAACAUGUCGCAGGCGUGUGAAUGGCUGUCGACCGGGGCCAACGACAGCAUGGAACGCAUGGCUCGCCAAGAGCGUUUCUUAACACUAUUAUUCAGCCAAAGACGCAAGGCUGGCUGUGAUUCCGAAGAGACGGGCAGCUAA